AUGACUGAACCUAUUUUAUCAACUGCAAUAUCAAAUUCAGGCUUUUCUACUAACGUUAUAUCGGAAAGUAACUAUUCCAUUUUACGCAACACUAGCAAACAUCAACCAACGUCUAUGGAGUCACUUGAUAAUGUAAUAGUCAUACCUUCGGAAUCAACUGCACUCAGCACUAAUGCUUUUAGUAAGCAUUUAUUUGUGCCUGAACCCUUGGUAAAAUCAAACAAAAAUAUUUCUAAGCCACGAGUUCCUGCUGCAAUAUCAUCUUAUCUUUUCUUAUCUUACAGGCUUGGAGGAAACAUUACGAGGAAAAAGAAAAAAAUAAACAUGAGAAAAGAGUCCAUACAACGUAAAAAAGAAGCAUCAAAAAGAAAGAAGGAUGAAAGAGGCGAAGUUAAGAGAAUAUAA